AUGGGGGACUGCUUGAUGGAGGGGGGCAACUGCUGGAUUGAGUUGGAGAUGAAGAUGGAACAAAUGCUGUGUCCCAACUGCAAUGGGGAUUUCCCUUCCAUUGAAGCUGUUGUUCUGCAUCUCAAUUCCCAGUCUACCUGUUGGCUGCAUGAAGCAUGUCCACAGCAAUUGCCUAUCCCCCCUCGGGAGAUCAACACUUAUUAUUCUUUUCAUGAUGAGGGGGAGUGGGAACUAGCCAGGUUCUUGGUCAAAAAUCUGAAUCAGACUCAGGUUGACAAGUUCUUGAAGUUGAAAUGGCCACACAGAGUCAAUGUCAGGAAUCAGUGCAAGUAUGGAGAUUAUAUGAGUGUGGAUUUGGCAUGGAAAAUUCAGGACCACCUCCCAUUGGACGCUAUGCAAAUCCCAAUCAUCUUAGGAACCACUGGAGGGCUUGAGAUGCACCCUGUCUUCAUCACUAUUGGCAAUCUUGAUUCAGAUUUUCAUGUGUAUCCUGAUUAUCAAACCAUUCUUCAGGUGUGGCUGUGGCAUAAAUGUGUCAAUCUCAUCUCCAAGACAGGUUGCUUUAUGUCUGAUCCUUCCAGAUUCAUUUGUUAUGUCUUUAUACCACUUGUUGCUCAUGUAUGCGACCUGCCAGAGGCUUGCAUGAUUGCUGCAGUCAGCAAAAAUGCAUCUCCUCUAACAAUGGCAUUACAAGAAAAUUUUGGGCAACACACACUUCAACUCAUCUAUGAGAUCUCCCAAACAAUUGAUGUUUGGGAUCUCGACAAAUUCCAGAAGGCAGCCAAAGCUGUCCAUCUCUCUGGAGUCCAUAUGCCAUAUUGGCAUGAUUGGAGGUUUGCAUAUCCAUCUGUCUUUCUCACUGGCAAGAUCUUGCAUACCUGCCUCAAAUUCUUCACUGACCAUCCACUCAAUUGGAUCAAGGAGGUAGUAGGAAAACCUGAGCUCAAUGCUUGCUUCAUCACUCAGCAUAAGCAGAAACCCUAUGUUAAGGUCGCAUGCUUGGGGGGGUUGGAUCACAAGGGCUUGGCCUCAGCUUGUACGCUGUGCCCCUUUCCUGAGUAUGUGCCCUUAAUUUCUGAGGGCUAG